AUGGCAGCUCUCAAGGCUGCAAAGCAGGAUCUGAGGAAGCAUAUCAAGAGCAUCCUUUCUGAAAUCUCAGAGGAUGCAGUUGCGAGACAAUCGUCGAGUGCGGUCAAAAGGUUAAUCUCGAUGCCAGAGUACCAGGCAGCGAAACGUAUCAGCAUCUACCUGUCCAUGCCGUCUGGGGAGAUAUCAACCGUGGGGAUUGUUCACGAUGCAUUGAAAUCUGGCAAAAAGGUCUUCGUGCCAUACACGCACAAGUUGCAGAAUGCGCAGGCAGAGCAACCCAGCUCAAUCAUGGACAUGCUGCAGCUGCACUCGCUAGCAGACUACGACUCGCUCAAGCCUGACAAGUGGGGCAUUCCAUCUCUUAAUGCGGACUCUGUAUCCAGCAGAGAGAACUGCUUCGGUGAUAAUGGUGUUUCAGAUGGACGGACUGUCAUCCGAGAAGGCGGAGGAACAGGACUGGAUUUGAUCGUCAUGCCAGGAAUGGCAUUCGACACAAAAUUCGGCAGGUUGGGACAUGGCAAGGGAUUUUAUGACUUCUUCAUGGAGAGGUGUCUGCGGCAUUCCCGUAAAAACACGAGUUCGAACAUGCCUUUUCUGGUGGGUCUUGCAUUGUCUGAGCAAGUACUACCUGAUGACCAACUCGUGCCGGUGGAUUCUACGGAUUGGCGCCUAGACGCCUUGGUUACCGGUGGUGGAAAUCUAUCGCGGCGUGACUGA